AUGAGCACGAACUCGCCCGGAACGCCGAAGAAGUGUCGGCUGAUACUGCAACAAUGUCUCGCGAUACAGCUGACCAAACCGGGCAACCCGCCCGAGGACUUCUGGAUGUACGACAGCGGCUACACGAUCUUCCAGAAUUUUCUGUCAGCUAACCUCCAGUGCUGGUGGAACGCACCGCUGGCGGCCGCCACGAAGGUCCUUAAGUAUCUCGGUCACAUUUCGCCCGGCAUGCUGCUGAUAACGGCCGAACCCUGCGCACUCGAAAUCAUCCGAAGUGCCUACGCCCGGAGCGUCCUCAAACCGCCGGCCACGUAUCUGAUCAACUCCGUAGGUGACAUCGACGACUGCAUCGUGACACCGAUCGUGCAGACGCAGUUCACGCCACUCACGGAGGCCCUUUGCGACGUCAUCAUGGAGCUGACCUCCCAGGGUCAAUCCGCCACCAUCGAGAACAUACGGAAUCGAUUACGCACAAGGUUCACGCACAUGCAGCAACCGUCGGUAGAGGUCAUCUACGAUACGCUCGUGCAGCUAAUGCAGGAAAUCAAAAUCUACCAAACAUCCAAAGGCUACUUCAUCGUCACGCCUGAGAAACGACGCAACAAAACAAACACCCUGGAGUAUGGCUUCCCGAGCGUGGACCUGGACAACCCGGCACCGACGAAGGAGUCCAAAACGCUGCUCAUGAGCAGCCACGAGGCGCUUAGCAGUCUGUACGGCGAAAUUUCGACUGAGCGUGCCGGCGAUCAGACGCACCAGUGCAUCCAGACCAACCUAGCGGACGUGAUCAGCGGUGGCAACCCGAACGAUAAGAUCCUGUACGCGCGAUCGGCCAGCAAACAGCGCAGUGCGUCCUUCCCGAGCAAUGGGAAAACGCUCGAGCGACGUCACAGUCUGCGGUUUUUCGGUUCGUCUAAACGCUUGCAAAGGUCCGCUUCCACGAGAAGCCUUUCGAAGAACUACGCUCAAACGAUCGGGAAGGAUGGCACAGUUCCACCGGCGAGUCCUGAUCAAUCGACCACUCUCGAAGCGCAAAAGCAAGCGUCCUCCCAAUCGCUGCUGUCGCGAAUUUUCCGACGCAGCACCCGCUCGAAGAGCAAAUCGAAGCAGCUCGAAACCUACUCGGCCCAGUUUCCACCGCCGGAGUGGUUUAACUCAAAGACCACACACCUUCACAGCGUCGGUACGCAGACGACGGACUAUUUGGACUUCCCAAUCAAGUCACGCCUGUUGAACUCCACCUUCUACGACAGUUCGGACGUAAGCCAGCGGUCACUUUCGUUGCCCCGGCGCCGUCACCACCGUCGAAAUCUCUCCAGUGAGUCGACGUUCUUCAUCUCGUCCCGUGACUGUUCGCCGGUGCGUCGUGGCAAGAGUCCCGGUUCGUACUACUGCGGCAGUUUGCCCCGAUCGAUUCACUCGACACCGGCCAGCUCUGGGUACUACAAGGUGGCUCGCAGCAAGCAACUCUCGUCGGCUGACAAGCUGCACAGUACCAGCGACAGCCAGGGCAAGAUGGAGCACAAAACGAGCCGCAGUCUUGGCAUCGCGAGUGGACCCUCGAGUAUCGAUAGUGGGAAAAUGACGUACGUCACUUCCGGACCGUCGAGCUUCGACAGUGAGAAGCUGUCGUCGACGCGGACCAGCACCCACUCCAGUCUGGAGUCGCACGUGUCCUCUUCCACCAUUACCACGGCCAUCCAGCAGCAGCAGCAGCAACAGUCACAGCAAACGGGCAAUUCCGGGAGCUUAUACAUCAACAACGACACGAAGCCUCCAAGCUCGGGCAGUAGUACCGGAAGUCCGAAUCGAGGGUCGCUAAACGGCCAGCUAAAACCAACGGCAACAUCUGCACCCAGCACGGUCACGACGGUUAUGACGGCGAUGGCCUCGACGACGAAGGCCAACAACAGCUACAAGUGCUUUGAGACGACCUUUGGCUACACGAGCACCAAUGGCAGUGGUGGUUUGAAGGGCAGUCCACCAACAGCCCUCAAUGGAAGGCCAACUAAAGGCCCCACAAGUACCGGACUGGGCAGCAUUAACAUUACCAAACCGAUCGAUCAUCUAACAGCGCUAAGCGAGUCACUGCUGCAGUUCCGAUUGAACGGUGAUGCACCGAAUGGGCCGAAUUCCGGAUCCGGUGGGCUAACGGGUUCUUCACCUUCAACUGGAACAACCCACACGGUUCCGGUGGUGCAGCAGUGCGGUCCGCCUGAGCUGAACAAGUACAAUAAAAACAGCACCAUGAACAACAGCAAACCGUUGGCACCGAUGGCGACGGUUCCGGUGCAGCCUCCGGCUAAUUUCUUCUACAAAAACGUGCUGAAGAACAUCCAGCAUGAUAGCAAGAACAUUUGCGGUGAUCUGGCCAUCGAGAAGACGUCACCUCGCGGCUACGAUGAUUGCACUGGACGGAUCGGAGCGCUGCAGAGCAACCUGCGCCGUUCGAACUCGGAGAUCAAGAAGCUCAACUCGAACCACGGUCAGGUGGACGGGAAGCAGACGCUAGCGGAAGAUCCCUGUGGUCCGAAGUGUGGCCAAACGAUCCCACCAGCUCAACCGCUCAAUGGUCUGAUCGUGAUGAAGAAGAGCCUAUCGGUGUCGAGUGAACCUAACCUGCUGGCGAAUGGUGACAGCAAGAUCACGAUCCUCGUAAAGGAGAACGGCGUAGGAGCACCUGAGCGACAUCUAGGUGGAGAUGGCACGCUGUUGGCAGACCGGAACCGGACCGAUGACCGGAAACGGUACUCGCAUUACGACGAGCUUGACCGGCGGUUCAGCUACCAGAGUGUGACCCGCGACGAGCCGGUUAUGCUGGAGGAGAUGUACGAAUUCCCAAGUCUGUCCGAUUUGAGCUUCAACUUUACGUCGCUAGCGGCACAGAAGAUCCUGCAGGGUGACGCGAGCCUGAACAGCAUCGACACGCUUGUGGAGCUGAACAUCAAUCAGGAGAAGCAGCAGACGCUAAUGCGGCUGAAGAACGACGCACGGCUCCUGGCGCAAACGGGCACUCCACCCGCCGAGCCCGACACCGGCAAGGUGAUGACGGACUUCGGAAUGGUCUGAGCGGGUAGUGGCCACCCCAUGUUCUGCUUCCCGGCGUACUCGCUCACGUUUAAAAGUGCCAAUAUCUUAGGAGCUUAUUAUUAGGAUCACGAGCGGUUCGCCGAUCGGAGUGACGCUCCUUAAGGCGGUCCGACGGUUUCCUUAAGCGCACACGCGUGGCGCCCCAACCGUAGCUAGGCGAGGUUGUAGACUAAGCGUCAUCGUUUAGAACCUUGUUUUUUCUUUCUUUCUUUCGCGCCCCACCUCCGGACGGAACGCAUGUAAUCGUAACCAUUUUAGCGAGCACAAUG